AUGCCGGAGUACGAAUGCCUUCCGCCACCGGAUCCGAAUGCGGAUCCCGCCCGCUCCUCGCAGGCGGCAGGUGAUGGCGAGAGCGUGCGGACUCAGCCGCCGCCGCGACAGCAAUGGUUGAGCUCCUUGUGGCCCUUCUCUCGAGAGAGCCGGGCAAGUGAGACACAGGCUCAGCGGGGCGCCAUGCUCGGCCUCCGUCAGGGAGAUCUCCGGUGGAUGCCCGACGAGAAGUGCACGAAGUGCUUCGCCUGUGGCGAGCCUUUCAGUGCAUGGAGAAGACGCCACCACUGCAGGUUAUGCGGCCAAAUCUUUUGUUACAGCUGCUCCAACAACUUCAUUCCUGGCAAGCUCGUCGGACGUCCGACGGAGGGCAAGUCCCGACUUUGCGAGUCCUGCUUGGAGUUCUGCGACGAAAGCUUGAUCAUCCAGCGAAGUAGCGCUGCUUCGGCUGGCCUCGUUGCAGGCAUGCAGCUGUUCCGGCGUGAGAACCGUGCAUCCACAGAGGAUGAGGACACGGUCGAGCAGGAGGACGCGGACGAUCAGCCCUCUGUGUCAGAAGAGGACAUGCCGCAAAUGUCCGAGAACCUUGAAAGCCUUAGCUACAACGUCUACAAUCCGGACGCUGAGGUCACAGCACGGGGCGUGUGGUACUGGGGGGACGAGCCCAACUCCCGCGGGCAGAGGCCGCCUGCCAAUCACCGGGCAGAGGUUGGCUUACCGGAAGAGUCCAUCGAGCAUCUGAACCAGUCCUGGGAAGGACUCGAUCCUGAGGAUCUCGAAGGCCUUGCUGCUGGCCAGCGCGACGCCCAAGUCACAGAGUGGCGAAACAUGGCCGAGGCCAACUUCCGCCACUUCGUGACGUCCGUUCGCGAGUACUGUCUGGAGGCAGGGGAGGGCCUCGAGGAUCAGGAGCACAUGCUCACGAUUUGCAAGCUGGCACAGCAGGUGGUGAAGCAGCUUCGACUGGGUCCUGCGGACAGCAUGGACAUCCUGAAUUACUUGAAAAUCAAGAAGAUUCCAGGCGGACAUAUCCGAGACUCGAGGUGCCACGAUGGUGUGGUUUUCUCCGGGGACGUCGUGCACCAGAAGAUGAGUACAGAUAUUGCAGACUGCCCGCUGACCCUCAUACAGCUGCCCUUGACCUUUGACUACUUCAACAUGAAGACGGACCUCGAUGCCCUCCGUGAGCAGGAGCGGAUUUACCUGGACCUGAAGGUGGAGAAGAUUGUGAAAGAUGUGCAGCCGGAGAGCCCGAAGCUCCUGCUUUGUCAAGCCGUGGUGUCCCAGCUCGCGCAGGAGAAGCUGCGUUUGCAAGGCAUUGCUGUGAUCAUCGGCGUGCCCGAAAAAAUUCUGUGA